GAGAAGACCCUGUGGGGGACCCCGGGCUGCAGCUUCAACGUGCUUGACUCCACAGGCCCCUAAGGCCCCUUCCUCUCAGGCUUAGCUGUUACCUGGCCUCCCGGAGAAAUGGAUAGGAGAAAUGACUACGGUUGUAGGAUGCCCCCGUUCCAGGGCCCUCUGCCUCCGCCUGGGACCCUGGGGCUUCACUUCCCUUCAAAUGUACAGGCUGAAACUGCAGAAGAGGACAGUGUCUUGCUGAUGCAUACCCUCUCGGUGGCAACCAGGGACCCCCUGGCCACGGACCCACCAGUUGCCAACUGGCCAAAGAAAAGCAAGACCAAGAAAGACCCUAUUAAGGCUAUUACUAAGGCCAUAUCUACUGCCUCUCCAGUUCCAUCUGCCAAUGCGAUUACCACCAAUAAGCCUAAAAUAACUUUACAGGCUUUAAAACUGCCGAUCAUCUCCCAGAUCAACCAGACUUCGGCUACCACUGAGACAGCCAAUACUCAGGCUUCUUCGGUUGCUGCUCAGUCUAAGAAAGCCAAAAAACAUAGAGUUACUGGUAAGGCAGCCCAAGGCUCCCAAUCUCCAGCUGGCAGUGAGAGUGUCACUACACAAAUCAAGUCACCCUUGCAGGCCCUAAACCUACCAGUCAUCCUACAUAGUAUCCAAGCUCCAGUUGCUAGUGAGUCAGCUAAUUCCCAGGCCUUCAUAGCCUCCACCAAGGCUAAGAAAGCUUCCAAGGUUAAGAAGCUUGCCUAUAAGGACAUAGCUAGUGCCACUGAGAUCUCACUGGCUCUAUCAACCCACACAGCUACUUCUCAAAGCCAAAUUACCAAUGAGCUAGCCAAUACCCAGGCCACAGCAGCCUCCAUACAAACUAAGAAAGCCUCCAAAGUCAAGAAAGCAGUUGUUAAGGGUGCAAAGACUGUCACUGAGCUGUUAGAGGCCCCAAAUGCCACUGAGACAGCUACCAGGCAGAUUGAGGCCUCAGCAGUAGCUAUCCGGCCCAAAAAACUCAAGGGCAAGAAGGCUGCCAAUAAGGGCCCAAAUUCUGCCUAUGAGAUCUCUGAGGCGCCACCUACCACUCAAAUGGUCACAAACCAAGCCCUAGCAGCCACCCUCUGCGUCAGGAGAGGGUCCAGGGCUUGGAAGGCUUCCACUAAGGGCCAGGCAACUGAAAGCCAGACUCAAAUUGUUGACCAAGGGGCCCAGGUCAAGAUGGCCAUCUCUCAGACCAACAUACGUGCCCUUGAGACUCAGGUUGCUGCUUCUGUUCAGGCCCUGGCAGAUGACUACCUGGAGUUGAGUCUGGAGCCCACAACCAGGACCUGGGGCAAAAGGAACCACAAAUCCAAGCAUCUGAGUGGGGAUGAGAGAGGUGGCAGUAAUUACAGGAGGAUCCUAUAGGGCUGGAGACCUCUGCCACCCCAAGAUGUGGCCAUUUUGCAAGACAGGGCAAAUAAGUUGGUGAAAUACCUGUUGGUUAAGGACCAGACAAAGAUCCCCAUCAAGCGCUCAGACAUUCUGAAGGAUGUCAUCCAAGAAUAUGAUGAAUAUUUCCCAGAGAUCAUUGAUUGAGCAAGCUACGCUUUGGAGAAGAUGUUUCCAGUCAAUCUGAAGGAAACUGAUAAGCAAAGUAGCUUGUAUAUUCUCAUCACCACUCAGGAAUCCUCCGCAGGCAUACUGGGAACGACUAAGGACAUACCCAAACUAGGUCUUCUCAUGGUGAUUCUGAGUGUCAUUUUUAUGAAUGGUAACAAGGCCAAUGAGGCUGUCAUCUGGAAAGUGCUGUGCAAGUUGGGGCUGCGCCCUGGGGUGAGGCACUCGCUCUUUGUGGAAGUGAGGAAGCUCAUCACAGACGAGUUUGUGAAGCAGAAGUACGUGGAGUACAAGAGGGUCCCCAACAGCAGACCACUUGAAUAUGAGUUCUUCUGGGGCUUGCGCUCCUACCAUGAGACUAGCAAGAUGAAAGUCCUGAAGUUUGCAUGCAAGGUGCAGAAGAAGGACCCCAAGGACUGGGCUGCUCAGUAUCAGGAGGCAGUGGAGAUGGAAGUCCAGGCUGCAGCUGUGGCUGUGGCUGAGGCUGAGGCCAGGGCUGAGGCAAGAGCCCAAAUGGGGAUUGGAGAGGAAGCUGUGGCUAGGCCCUGGAAUUGGGAUGACAUGGAUAUCGAUUGCCUACCAAGGGAAGAGUUAGCUGAUGAUGCUCAGGCCUGGAGCAGAUUUUCAUUUGAAACUGAGGCCAGAGCGUAAGAAAAUGCAGAUGCCAGCACCAACAUCAACUUCAGCAGAGGAGCUAGUACCAGGGCUAGCUUCAGUGAUGGUGCUAGUAUUAGCUUCAGUGGUGCACCCAGCCCCAGUGGUGGCUUUGGUGGCAGAGCUGGCAUUAGCUUUGGUGGCAAACCCAGCAGCAGUGCCAGCUUCAGCAGCACAGCGAGCAUUUGUUUUGGUGGCACACCCAGCCCUAGCACUAGUUUCAGUGGUACAGCCGGCACCAGCUCUAGUUUCAGCAGUGAAGCCAGCAUUAGCUUUGGUGGCAUACCCUGUUCCAGUGACAGCUUCAGUGGUGGGGUCAACUCUAGUUUCAGUGGUCCACUUAAUACCAGUACCAGUUUCAGUAGUGAAGCCAGCUGUGGCUUUGGAGGCACACUCAGCACCACUGCUGGCUUCAGUGGUGCACUCAUUACCAGCACCAGCUUUGGCGGUGCACCCAGCACCAGUGCAGUCUUUAGUGGUACACUUAGCACCAGCAUUGGCUUUGGUGGCACACUCAGCACUAGUGUCUGCUUUGGUGGCUCUCCCAGCUUUGGUGGCAUACUCAGUACCAAUAUCUGCUUUGGUGGCUCUCCUAGCACCAGCAUUGGUUUUGAUGGUGUACUCAGCACCAGUGUCUCCAUCGGUGGCUCUUCCAGCACCAGCACUGACUUUGGCGGUACACUAAGCACCAGCAUCUGCUUUGGUGGCUCUCCCAGAACUAGUGCCAGCUUUGGUGGUACACUCAGCACCAGUGUUGGCUUUAGUGGUGCACUCAACACCAGUUCUGGUUUUAGCGGUGCUGUCAGCACUAGCGCCAGUUUCAGUGGUGCACCCAGCACCAACUCUGGCUUUGCCAGUGUGUUCAGCACCAGCGCUGACUUCACUGGGGCACUUAGCACCCCUACUGACUUUGGCAGUGCUCCCAGCACCGGCAUUGGCUUUGGUGGAGCUCCCAGCACCAGCCUCUGCUUUGGCAGUAUGUCUAACACUAAGCUAUGCUUUGGUGGCCCUCCUAGCACCAGCGCCUGCUUUAGUGGUGCUACCAGUGCCAGUUUGGGUGAUGGACCCAGCACCAGUGCUGGUUUCAGCUUUGGCAAUGGGUUAAGCACCGAUGCUGGAUUUGGUGGCAGACUAAGCAUCAGUGCUGGCUUUGGUGGUGGACUUAUCUCCAGCAAUGGCUUUGGUGGUGGACUGGGCACCAAUGCUGGUUUUGGCAGCACACUUGGCACCCAUGCUGGCUUUAGUGGUGGCCUCAGCAUCAGUGAUGGCUUUGGUGGUAUGCCUAACACCAGCUUUGACGGAGGACUGAGUACCAUCAUUGGCUUUGGCAGUGGUUCCAACACCAGCACUGGCUUUACUGGUGAACCUAGCACCAGCACCAGCUUCAAUGGUGGACCCAGUUCUAUUGUUGGCUACAGUAGUGGACAGAGCAUCAGUGCUGGCUUCAGCGGUGGACCAAGCAGUGGUGCUGGUUUUGGCAGUGGACUGAGCAAUGGUGCUGGCUUUGGUGGUGGAGCCACCAGCCUUGGUGCCUGUAGCUUCUCCUAUGGCUAGUGAGGUUUCAGGUAAUUACAACAUUUCCACAGCCAAGGACCCAUGGGGAUGGGUAUAAGAUCUGGGAGAUGUUAUA